ACCUUCAACCCCCUCAGCGCUAAACCAUCCAUCCUCCAUUUCCAUUUCCAUCUUUCUAUCCUUCCUCUACAUCGACUGUCCAUCUGUAAACACACAUUUCUCAUCAUGUCCGACUACAACAACCAGUACAACAGCCAGUACGGUGGCCAGCAGGGUCACGGCCAGCAGGGCUACGGUCAGCAAGGUUAUGGUCAGCAGGGUUAUGGUCAGGAAGGUUAUGGUCAACAAGGUUACGGCCAGCAAGGCUAUGGCCAGCAAGGCUAUGGCCAGCAGCCCCAGUAUGGCCAGGAGGGAUACAACCACCAGCACCAGCAGCAGCAGGGCUAUGGCCAGGAUUACAACCAGCAAGGCAACUACGGCCAGCAGCAGGGCGGCUACCACGACCAGAGCCAGCCACAGCAGCAAUACGGCCAGCACCAGUACGGCCAGGAGGGCCAGCAUGACUACAACCGCCAAGGGUGAGUCCGUCCCACACUCAGCAGAUGUCUUUUUGUUUUGUAUUUAUACUAACGUGAACAGGCAAGAAGGCCAAGCUGGUCCCGAGGGCGCCCAGGACGGUGAGCGUGGUCUCGGCGGCGCGCUUGCUGGCGGUCUAGCCGGUGGAUUUGCCGGCCACAAGGCCAACCACGGUAUUCUGGGAACAAUCGGUGGUGCCAUCAUGGGCAGCAUUGCCGAGGACUUUAUCAAGGACAAGAAGCGUGACCACAGCCCCAACCCUCAGGGUGGCCCUCCCGGCCAGCAGGGCGGCAUUGGCAGCUUCUUCCAGAAGUGAGCGCAGUAGAAUAGACUGUCUUGACUGUUGAGAAUUCGAGGUUAUGGACGUGCUUGUGUUAUUAUUAGUUGAAUGACUGGAGAUUCCAUUAAUCGGCACGGGUCUUAUUAGGAGGCCCUUAUACUGGCGUUCGGUUGUUUUCGAGGUAUCAUUACGAAUUGAUACGUAUGCGAUGAAGUGCUCGCUUGUUCGUGAUAUCGUUAGACAGGAUCAUGUAAUCAACUGUAUAACUAGAUGCUAUUCACGAAAUUACUCUGAGCUAUUUAUAUUAUAAUAUCAGAAUAUUAGAAUACACAAAUGAUACGUGUGGGGAGA